AUGCCGCUCGAACUCGUCGACGCGGACACGCAGGUGGCGGGAAAUCACGCGCACGGACGCAUGGCGAAACAAUCGCCGUGCGGGACGUGGUUUUACAAGCCCCACGUCGCGGGCGACGCGCGGAGCGCGGUAGAGUUUGCGUUUUACGCCGACGUUUCGAGAGAGGCGAAACUCGACGACGACGACGACGACGACGACGCGGUGCCGCGCGAGCGCGUCGAUGACGCGGUGCCGACGCCGAAGACGCCUGAUGACGCGAACGACGCCGCGCGCGCGCUGCGAGCGUUCGUGUGCGCGCGGAUACCGAGGUGUCCGGCGUCGCGCGCGAGCAAGACGCGAGGACGAAACGAGACGUUCGGGACGAGCGAUGGGUUCGGGGAUGGGUUAGACGUGGAUGGGUACCUGAGAUUGAAGAAUUUGACGUUCGGAUACGCGCGACCGUGCGUGAUCGAUCUGAAGAUCGGCGUUCGAACGUGGGAUGGGAAGCACAGCGCGGAGUAUUUGGAGAAGCGAGCGAAAUCAGAGGCGGGGACGACGCACGAGACGCUCGGUUUCAAGGUGUGCGGCGCGCAGACGUACGACGCGAGUGGUGCGCUGCAAAGGUUGUCGAGGGAUGAAUGUAAACGCAUACGCAUGAGCGAGGCGCUGACGAAGGAGACGUUGGAAAAUUUCGUGCGCGAUCCCGCGACCGGGGAGAGGAACGCGUGGUUUUGGCCGGCGCUUUUGAAGCAGUUGUUAAGCGAACCGCUCAGAGCCCUGUCGUAUCGAUUAGUCGGUACAUCGUUGCUCGUCGUGUACGAAAGUGGGAGCUUGGCGCCGUCAGAAAUCGCGGGCGCGGUGUGCGUUCCAGAAUCGAAAUUGGAGGCUAGGUACAUCGACUUUUGCCACGCCGUGCGUAAAUGCGACGGCGAAGACGUGGAUCAUAAUUUCGAGGGUGGGUUGAAACUGUUCCAGAGAUUCGUCGAAUCGAUGUAG